AUGCCACUCGAUAGAGGGAUACGAAAUAAUUCAGUGAACUGCUCUGUAGCGGAAAGUGGCCAAACAAAAACUGGUUCCUUUGCCCACCCAACUCCUGCAGUUGCAAGUAAUGGCCUCAAAUGUGCGGUGGAUGUAGCUACAAAUUGCUCCUCUUCUAGCGCGCCCCCUGUAUCUGCUCGUUCGGGUAGUCAACAGACAGGAUUUAUGUCAUUGUUCUCCACUCGACAGCGGAAAUCCUCCGGUCUGCCUCCGUUCUCUCUUGUCUCCGUCAAACAGUCGCGCUUGAUGUGUGUUGCAAAAAUUGAUGAGAGCAUUCAGGCGAUCGAUGACCUUUUGGACUUUUAUACUCGUGCAGCAAAGGCCGAAAAUAAGGUCUCCAAUGCCCUAUGGCACACGGUUCAGUAUUCAAAGUCACGAAAAUUUGAGAGGAACGGUAGAACCACCACACAACUUAACUUUAAUGGAAGUCAAGCAAACGUUCUAAAUCCACCCUUUCGAGCCGGCGCCUCCUCAUCUGGUGAUAAUUCAGUUGUGGACUCCGGUAUCUCCGAAAUGACAACAGAGACCUCUCCCUUUUCUCGCACAAAUGGUUUUCAGGGUUCCAGUGCCCCACAAGCUAAACAGUUUUUACAAUGCUUCGUUGAUGCUAACGAAACGCGCGCCGAAAUUGCGGCCUGUCGUGCCUCUUUCCACAAGAGAAUAAACACCUAUCAAUUACAAAUGGUUUCAGACGCCCUACAGCGCCUUCGAUCGCUCUACAUAGAGUUGGAUACAAAGCUGGAGACCUACUCCUCACAGUUGGAGGCUGAUGUCAGAGAGUGUUGGAAGAAGUAUGCAAAGUACGCGGAUAGUGUAACUCGUCUACGAUCUCGACUAAACUCGCUACUCGAGAAAGGCAAGUUUAUCAUCGCCUUUCCUUUAUUCCUCCCCUCCUUAGGUAUGGCUAGUAAGCGGAAAGCUAUUGAGUCAUCUGUUAAUGAAUUGGACGGGACCACUUUGAAACUCCACAUGGCACACAACACCUAUACCCUUUCUCUAAUUACGGCGCGCCAGUAUCACCAAUGGCUUGUGACCCGCCUGCAACCGUGCCUCUAUCGCAAUCUCAAUCGUUGCUUACGAUUGGUUGACUACGCGGUCUCUUACCUUCUCCGUCUCGCACGCAUUGAUCAGGCUCCCAGGGGUACCUUUGAUUUUAUUGCGCCGCCCGAUUCGGAUCCCUUGGGGAACACCACCCUCGAUACCGAGUUAAAUAAGGGUAUUGGAGCUCCCAGGGAGGAUACCUUCAGACGGGUAUUUCCCUUUGAUUUGGACCUCCUUGUGCGUGCUGGGGAUGAAGUUUUGCAACCGGACAAGAUUAUUGUCAACCAGAUGACUGUUUAUCCGAUCCGGAAGCUACUGCAGAACCACCUGCAAGAAGUAGCCAAUCAGGGAAGCAUAACUCAGGUGCUGGAGAACGAGCACACCAAGCUGGUUUCCUCUGUUUCCACCUGGAUCUCAGUGCUAUCCUCUGUAGGCCCAAUAUUACGCGAUCUGCCUACUGCUCUAAAGACAGACGAAGCAAUGACGCGCCUGUUGGACGAGGUAGAAGCCCUCAGCCCCUUGGAGGCGCCACCCAGAGUGGACGAGGAGAAGGUUUUUCUGAGCGCGGCCACAAAACCCGCUACACUUUGCGCUCUGGCCAUCCAGUUGGGUACUUGCGAGUUUAUCCACUGUCAGUCGGUGUGCUUCGCGGACAGCCAUGAACAGAUUGUGCGGAUGCUACAACAGGCGGAAGUGGUGGCGCCCUCACCACCGCUGUCAUCGCUGCCACAACCGAUGACGUUGUCGUCCUCAUCAUCGUCCACACUGCUUUCCGCCGCCGCCACAACUUCUUCCAUCAAUUCCGCCUUUGCUGCUGACGUUACUGGUAGUGGGACUGGUGGUGUUGGAGCCGCUGGUUUGGACAUGCUCGAAUCGCGAUUUCAUUGUCUGCGAGUGCAGCUGGACAACCAGGACAACAGCAUAUCCGUUGAAGGUCGUUCCAGCCUCGGCGAGUCCGAUUCUGAGAAUGAUGUCCUUGUCCAACACCAAGCAGAAGCGGUUGUUUCGCCCUCUGCGUCCUUCCCCACCCCCGCUAGCUCCACUUCGGCGCCUCAACGCCGAUCGAUAAAGGCCAUCAAGGAAGAACCUUACCGCCAAACGUUGGCAGCCUUUCCCAAAUCCUCACUCACCCCUACUGACACCCGCUCGACCAAUCGCCACUCGGUCAUUGUAGGCGGCAAGGCCCUGCACAGGUUCCAACAAAACCGAGUUUUUAAGAAGGACCCUUCUAUCACCACUGGUGUCGCCACCUCAGUUGCCCCUGGUGCCUUCCUGCGAUCACGAACUAACAGUGCCUCAUCGGUAGAUCAGGAUCAGGAUCAGGCUGGGGGAGCAUUAAGCAGUAUCUCCGUGGAAUCUAUACACCAAAUAAACGGUGAUGGCGAAGGUGAUGUUUUACGUCGAAUGGAUCAGGAUGAUGUUGAUAUUAACAAGGAACCAUGGUUCCAUGGAGUGUUACCGCGAACUGAGGUUGUUCGGCUUUUGCAAAAUCAGGGCGACUUUUUGGUCCGUGAGACAAGCAAAGCAGCCUCCACCUCCUACCUGGCACGUCGUAACCGUACGCAGCACCACCGGCAGCGUGGGAGUGAGGGGCCUUCGCUCACCAAUCUCUGGUCCUCUGCCACUGGUGCCGCUUCUGUCGGUGCCUCCUCCUCCUCCACCGUAACGCUGCUCGGCUCCCAAUCCACGGAAGACCUGCGCGGCGAUCGAAGCAGCGGCAGUGGUAGCGGAGGCAAGGUGGUGGUCACUAAAAUGGUCCUCUCUGUCUACUGGAACGGUCACAAACACUUCAUCAUUCAGGGUGGUGAUGAGGCUGUGGAAGGCGCUAGCGAUCUUGGAAACCGACGCGGAGGAUGGUCAUUUGAGGAUUAUGAAUUUCCCACUCUUAGGGACCUCAUUGAGUACCAUAUGCGAACAGGUAAGCCGGUUACCCAGUCUUCUGGUGCAAUUCUCCUUAACCCCAUCUCGCGACCAGACUGGCAAUUGGACAACAAAGAUGUCAUUUUGCUCGAAAAGAUCGGACAGGGCAACUUCGGCGAGGUGCAUCGUGGCAUUUACAACGGGCGCGAGGUGGCAGUGAAGACAUGUCGAGCAGGCCCAGCGGAGGUGGAAAUCAGACGCAAGUUUCUCCAAGGCGAGGCCACUGCUCUCAAUUUCUUCCACCCCAACGUGGUGCGUUUGCUAGGCAUUGCUGUUCGCUCCCAUCCCAUCAUGAUUGUCAUGGAGUAUGUCGCCGGCGGAUCUCUGUUAUCCUUCCUACGGAGGAACGGUCAAAAUGCAGACAUUCGUCUCCUCUUGAGGAUGUGUGUCGACGCAGCCAAUGGAAUGGCCUACCUAGAGUCCAAAAACUGCAUCCACCGUGAUCUGGCAGCUCGAAACUGUCUUUUAACAGAGGACCUGGUGCUGAAGAUCGCCGAUUUUGGAAUGGCUCGUGAAGAACACGUUUAUGAGGUUGGUUGCCCACUCGAUUUCAUUUACCUCAAUCCGUUGCGCUUGCCCGGGCAAUCAGCGGAAGAGGGGGAGAGGAAGCGCCACAAAAAGAGCAAGAAGCUGAGCGAUCGCAAUGGUCCGAUUCCGAUUAAGUGGACAGCACCGGAGGCACUCUACUCCAAUCGUUAUACGAGCAAGUGUGAUGUCUGGUCGUUUGGCAUUCUGCUGUGGGAGAUUUUCAGUGCCGGUGACACGCCCUACCAUGGACUCACAAACAACGAGACUCGUGAUCUUGUGGAAAAUGGAUACCGUCUGACCACACCGGAUCGAAUGCCACGCCAACUGGGCAAGCAGAUGCAGUCCUGCUGGCACCAGAACCCAAACCGACGUCCCACCUUCGCCAACCUCGUAGUUACCCUCACCGAACUGAAACGCGACCUCUGCGAGGCCACUGACCUUUCCUCUCCCGGCGAAUCCAACUCUUCCGCCAUCGCCAGUGUUUCCGCCGCCACCGGCAUUUUGACCCCCCAACAACAUCAGCAGCUAGUGAAAGUGUCGAUGUUGGAGUCGGAUAGCUCGCGUUUCCGACCUCCCUUAUCGGCUGUGACAUCACCGACUGAUGCUCGUGUUCCGCCUCCUCCCACUACCUCCCCCUCUGCCUCCGCCUCCAUCGCCACCUCACGUCUGCCUCGACUCAAACCGGUGACUGCAACCUCCGGAGAAGUGUCUGGUGAUGUCGAAGAGGUGAAGGAACACUCUCCGCUUGCCGGCUCCAACUCCGAUGGGGAGCGCUUCUAA